CAACGCGGCGCAUGCCUCCAUUUCCUUUCCUUUUUCUCCUUCUUCUUCUGCAUCCCUAGCAGCUCAGCUCGCCCCCGCCAUAGUUACAGCUCCUUUUCUUUCUUAUGUGAAAUUCGAUGGAGGGCGCUUCCCUGAUGCAACAGUAUCGGCGCGAUCGCCGGAAGCUUCUGGAGUUUCUGUUGUCCUCCGGCCUUGUUAAAGAGUUUCGAACUCCUUCCGGUCCCACCACCUCUCUCACCAACGUCAAUCUCGAUGCGCUCAGCAUUGAUUACGUUCUCGAAUGUAUUCAAUCCAGUGGAGUGAUUGAUAUUUCUAUAGCGACUAAGAAGUAUAGGGAAGAACUUCACCAUCCAAUAACGAUGCAGUCGCGCUUUGGGGAUUCAUAUUUUCUUCUUUCAGGUGCAGAAACAACUGGUUCUCCUCCUAGGCGGAUGCCACCUCCUGUCACGGCACACAACUAUAACAACAAAUAUACUUCACGUGGUUCUGAUCUCUCAGGUUCUCUUUCCAGUUAUGAGUAUGAAUUAAAACGUGCAACCUCUGAAUCAACAAGAUCAGUUCCAAGGAAUCAAGUUCAUAUCCUUAAAAUUGGAUUACCUACCUUACAAACAGGAUUAUCGGAUGAUGACUUGAGGGAGUCUGCUUAUGAAGUAUUCCUUGCUUGCAUGGUGUUCUCUGGGAUUGAACUUCAUUUGAGUGACAGUAGAAGGAAAGAGAAGACCUCUAGAUUUCUGGCUGGGUUGAAGAAUAAAAGGGGUAAAAGGAAUCCAAUAUCGGAUUCGCCUGAUAGACAGUCAGAGCUCAUUGACAUAUUUCGCUCACAGAUGCAGAUCUCAGAAGCCAUGGACAGCCUUAUUCGACAACAUUUGGCUUCUUUCGCAACAGGGAAAACAUUGGGGCAGGUUGAUGUUCCUCAAAUCGUACUUGGACUGUUAAAUGGAAUGCUCAAGUCUGAUUUUCAGAAUGAAAAGUCAUAUAUCCAAUGGAAGAACAGACAAGCAAAUAUUCUUGAAGAGCUUCUUUCUUCUGCUGAUUAUGUCAAUAAUGAAAAGCAAUCAGUUGAAACCUUGGUUGAAAGAAUUAGAAAUUCUGAGGAUUGGGACACUAGGAUGUCUGCCUCUGAGCGCAAUAGGGUCCUAUUAGCUAUUAGGAAUAUAGCAUUGACAUUAUCAAGUAUGCCACCAAAGUAUGGCAUUCAAGGUGAAAAUUAUUAUUGGAGUGCUGGCUAUCAGUUGAAUGUUAGAGUUUAUGAGAAGCUACUCCUUGGUUUAUUUGACAUUCUUGAAGAUGGCCAGCUUAUAGAGGAAGCUGCUGAAAUCUUGAUGCUCCUCAAAUCAACUUGGUCAAUGUUAGGCAUUACUCAGAAACUCCAUAAUGUGAUGUAUGCAUGGGUGCUUUUUCAACAGUUUGUUGGGACAGAGGAGGCAGUACUUUUAGAUUACUUGAUUCUUGAAAUGCGGAAAGUUCUGUCUGCUGAAGAUGAGGAUCAGAAGGAAGAGAACUAUAUAGAGAGCCUAUUGUGUUUCACUACCUGCGAUGGGUGUCAAACGAGAUCAAAUUUGAUACAAUCUACUAUUUUUUCCAUUAGUCUUUGGUGUGACAGCAAGUUGCAGGAUUAUCAUCUGCAUUUUACUAAGAAACCUACUCUCCUCAAGGGGGUGAUGAGCAUGGCAUUGGCAGUUGGGCCCUAUAGUUUUGUUUCACGUGACAAGAACCAGUUCACAGAUUUUGAUGCUUCGGAUCGUACUGUUCAUAGGAAGGUCAAAGAUUAUGUUGAGAGUUCGAUAGAAGCUGCUUGCAGGAGGGUAACUGAUGCCAUAGGUCUUGGCUGUAAAAUAGAUAGGAUGCAACCUUUGGCAUUGCUUGCAAGUGAACUAAAGUUAAUUGCUGAGAAAGAGUUGACUCAAUUUUAUCCAAUUCUCCAACAAUUUAGUCCUGAAGCUGGGAUUGCUUCAGCCUUGAAAUUUCACAAAACUUUUGGUGAAAGAUUGGAACCAUUUCUCAAUGGUGUGACGUGCCUUUCUGAAGGUGUCAGGGAGGUGCUUACUGCAGCUGCUCUCUUGGAGGAUUGCUUGUUUCAGCUUUACUCUUUGGGCCAAAAAGAGAGUGGGCUACAUUCCCCAAGCAUCAAAGGAUUUGAAUAUUAUAAGGUUUCUUUACUAUUG